AUGGCCGAAAAUUGCACCUCCGGAGCGGACACAACGGCGGGGUGGCUCGCCCCCUUUCUCCCCGACCUCGGGGCGAUUGCCCAGAUUGGGGCCGUUGGGGUAUGUGGUAUGAUUGCCACUGUCGGAUUGUGUUUCGGGCCGUGGGCCCAAAACCUUUCAAGAGCCGUGGGAUAUGCAAUAAGCCGACGGGCAGACCGCCACAAUGCCGCCUCCCGCACUCCCACCACCACCACCACCGCCGUCUCCCCCUCUCCCACCAUCACCACCACCAACACCGCCGCCGCCGCCGAAGAGGAGCUUCCCUCCGAUAAUGAGCCGGAGGCCGAAAAAGUACAAAAGGAGGUAUGGGCGGACCAGAAGGAGAUUAAGGGUAGUCAGCCUGUAUCUGUGAAAAAGUGA